CUUAUGUUUCUUAUGUUUCUUAUGUUUCUUAUGUUUCUUAGGUAGGUAUCCACGUUGAGGUAUCAUAGACGGUUCCAUCCUUUUUAAAGCAACAAAUCAUUCUAUUAUAUACUAGGUAUUUAUAUAUCAAAGUUAUUUUCAUAUCAUCACCUAUACUCAGUGUUCUUCUCUCCUCUUCCUCCUCUUCCUCCUCUUCCUCCUCUUCCUCUUCUUCCUCUUCUUCCUCUCUCCCAUUUCUUCCCUCUCCUUUCUCCUCCUCUUCUCUCCUCCUCCUCCUUCCCUCCAUUCAUAUGGGCUCAUUCGAUUCCAAGAUGUUGAAAAGUGGUGCUGUUGAGUGCCGAAUGCCAUGCCCCUGUUUUAUUUCCACCCAGGUUAAAGCGUCUAUCUCGUCACUUGUGCUUGUUUCUGAAUGAAGUACGUACGGACUACAAACUACGGCUUACGGAUAUCUUCUAUGAAUAGCUAAACCCACCCUCACUCACCCUACCUACCUUUCACACUCACCUCCAUUAUUAUCACUUAUUCAAAUGUACAACAGGUAUGUAAAAAAUAGUAAUACCCAUUUUCGGAAGAAGGAAAAAAAGUCUUUGUCCUUUCUUGUCUCCCAUUCCAUACAUACAUACCUACAUAACCAUUAACUCAUAUUAUUUUAUUAACUUUUAUUAAUUGAUUUUUUUAUUUGUAGUUAUUUAUCGAAAAGAAGAUGAUCAAAAUCAUCGUCACUAUUAAUAAAGUCCGCUUAGCAUGAUGUUCUAAACGCCUAUCGCUAUUCACUGGUCCCCGAAAUUACCUUAUCCAGCGCGCAAUGGUCCCUCGCAACUACAGCGAAUCCCAGCUUCGCCCCGAACCAGAACGCGCUCCUUCAAAUAGUACCAAAAUAUCUUAUAGAUCUCAUUCUUCAUCUUUUGAAGCGGAUGACGAGAGAUCUAGCUCUGCCGAUCACGAUAGUAUGGACCCCGAUAUUGGUUCUGCUCAUAGAGAUGUUCCUGCUCAGUAUGCAGGUGAGGAUACACGAUUGACGAGUCGGAAGGAGCUGUCGGGAUGGUACGCCUACGGAUUUGCUGCAGAGGUUUUCGUCAUUUGUGGUAUUGGUACGUCUUGAGGUAUUUUCUUUGAUCUUAUAUUUGGGUUAUUGGAGUGAAAAUGGUUCAGUUGAGUUGUUGCCGUUCGAUGAGACCAAUCCAUCGAAGCGUAAAGGGGUAGCAUUGUCAGCCUUGUUCCAAACAACUUCAUCAAUGACAGCAUUGUACCUCCAAAUAUGCGAGUUCCAUUACAAAAGUUUAGGUUUUAAGCUUGAUAGAAUUUGUGUUUUUUACUUAAGCUAACGGUUACGUUUCAGGCUCCUUCAUCCCGAUUACUUUGGAACAAUUGGCAAGAGAGAAUGGAGUCUUACUUUCAGAUCCAACACAACCAUGCGGUUCGAGUUCCACGCACCUUCCUCCAGGUUUACAUCCAGGAAGCGCAAAAGAUUCACAAUGUGUAAUUUAUCUCGGUGGCCUACAGAUAAAUACGGCUAGUUUUGCUAUGUAUAGUUUCUCCCUGAGUGUUCUCUUCCAGGCAAUAUUGGUGGUUUCAAUCAGCUGUGCCGCAGAUCAUGGGAAUUACCGCAAACGAUUAUUAUUAUUCUUCGCAUUCGCCGGAUCUAUAACGACUAUGCUAUUUUUGACGGUUGUCCCGAAGGUUUAUUUGCUAGGUGCUCUCUGGGCAAUAGUCUCGAAUACGUGCUUUGGGGCAAGUUUUGUCCUGUUAAAUUCGUUUCUUCCCCUCCUCGUUCGACAUCAUCCGAAAGCUCAAUAUGGCACGCCAGAUUUUUCACCCGAGUUUCGUCCCAGUUCCGUCGAUGAAAGUCCUCCGGAGCACUCGCUAAACGAGCCAGAAGUUGCGGUGUACGAUGAAAGAAGUGCACUCCUACCACAUAACAGAAUCUCCUCGCAAGCUUCCGAUGUAGAUGAACCGUUUCCAUCAUCCAAAGAUGCCACUUCAAUUGAGCUUCAAUUAUCCACCCAGAUAUCUUCGACUGGUAUAGGAAUUGGUUAUAGCGCUGGCCUUUUUCUGCAAUGCAUAUCAAUUGUUAUUAUUUGGUUGCUCAACGGCACGACCUUUUCCCUGCGACUGGUAUUAUUCUUCAUAGGAUUAUGGUGGUUUCUCUUCACAAUUCCUGCCGCGUUAUGGCUCCGCCCUAGACCAGGACCACCAUUACCACACACGGGUGGUGAAAAUUCAAAAGGCUCACGAAGUUGGUUGGCUUAUACUAUUUACGCCUGGUCAUCACUAUUUCGCACUGUAAGACUUGCCCGGAGAUUAAAAGAUAUUACUCUCUUUCUCGCAGCUUGGUUCCUCCUCUCCGAUGCUAUCGCUACGGUCUCGGGAACUGCAGUUCUCUAUGCCAAAACCCAGCUUCGUAUGGCACCCGAAGCACUCGGUCUCAUUAAUGUGAUUGCUACUACGGCCGGUGUUCUAGGUGCAUUCUCAUGGGCAGCCAUUUCCCGCACUCUAAACUUAAAACCCCAUCAGACGAUUCUCGCUUGUAUAUGUAUUUUCGAAAUGAUCCCGCUCUACGGUCUUCUUGGAUUUCUCCCCAUCGUCAAACGAUGGAACGUCAUCGGUCUCCAACAGCCUUGGGAAAUGUAUCCUCUCGGUUUCAUUUAUGGUUUCGUUCUCGGAGGCUUAAGUAGUUAUUGUCGUUCCCUAUUUGGUGAACUCAUACCUCCUGGAUCCGAAGCAGCAUUUUAUGCUUUAUAUGCCAUUACGGACAAGGGAUCCAGUGUAUUUGGACCUGCCAUUGUAGGGGCAAUCGUUGAUCGAACUGGAGAAAUUAGACCAGCGUUUUGGUUUCUGGCAGUUCUAGUUGGAUUGCCUGCUCCGUUAAUAUAUUUCGUUAAUGUGGAAAGGGGUAAGAAAGAAGGUGCAAAGUUGGCAGAAAUUAUUGAGGGUUUUAAGAUUAAGGAUGCAGAGAAUGCAAGCGAGGGGAGUAGAGGACCGAGCAUUGAUCAUGAGAGUGGGCAGAAUGAAGGACUUAUUUAUCCUCGAGUUGGGGAAAAUGAAUCAAGAGGGAGAAACGAUAUAUGACUUGAUUUUAAGCGAUGAUUUGGCGAUUACUUAGCGAUUCAAUUUGGUGUUCAGCGGGGAAAGUACACUGCAAAGGGACUUCAAUUGUAUAGGAUUGAUUCACAUUAUCAGCAUCAUAUUUGGUAUAUUUGGUAUAGGUAGUUGGGAUCAGUGAUUCUUGAUCAGGAAGAAGAGAAGAAGGAAGGUUUGGUUGGUCUAGUUGGAACCGACACGGCGUGGCGUUUACAUCAGAAUGAAUGAAUUGCAUGAAUUGGAUACGGUUAUUGGGAAUA